AUGGGUCGAGGUAGAGGAAAGGGUAAGAAAUUGACUGUAAUUGACCCUGAUGAUCCAGGAAGUGAUGAGGAAGAAAAAAUCCCUACACAGAAGAGGAGAGGAAGGCCACAAAAAUCACUCAAAGAUGACAUUGAUGAAGAAGCAGCUGAGAUGAUUGAAGAGGAAGAUUCUGAGAGUGAAAAACUUGGAAUUCAAAACUUGGAGAUAAAAGGUUCUGCGACGGAAAAUGGGAAGAAGAGGAGGCGGAAUAGUCGGGUGAAAGAAAAGCAUGAUUCAGUAAAAGAGGAAAAUGGUAAUGGAACCAGAUCAAGCACUGAUGAAUCUGCCAGGUCCAAUAAUGUUUUCCGUCAUAGGCGAAAAAACAAGCCUCGUCGUGCUGCAGAAGCUGGUGUUAAGUGCAACUGA